AUGUCUCGUGAAUUCAAACUCUGGAAAAUAGUUCUCAUUCUGUUCUUUACUCUGUCUUCAUCUACUUACCACUCCAAUGGCAAACUGAUCCUGGAGGGAUCUGCAACUUUCGACUCCAGCGGUUUCACAAAGUUGACGAACACCUCAAAGCAUUCAUACGGUCACGUUUUCAACAGCAACCCCGUUUUGUUCAAGAACUCGUCUUUCAACUUCCACUUCCACUUCGGAAUCGUGCCUGAGCAUAACCACUCCGGCACACACGGUAUGACUUGCGUUCUCUCUCCUACAAGACACCUUCCCGGAGUUUCCUCCGACCAGUACCUCGGAUUAUUCAACAAGACAACCGAUGGUAAGACCUCGAAUAACAUAAUAGCUAUCGAGCUAGAUAUACAUAAAGAUGAAGAGUUUGGAGAUCUUGAUGACAACCAUGUUGGGAUCAACAUCAAUGGCUUGAGGUCUGUUAUCUCUGCUCCUGCCGGUUACUAUGAUGAUAAUGAUGGAAAGUUUCACAAUCUUUCUUUAGUCAGCGGAAAGGUUAUGCGGCUUUCAAUCGUUUAUAGCCAACCUGAUGAACAGCUCAAUGUAACCUUAAGCCCUGCCGAGUUCUCUGAGACGCCCCUGAAACCUCUUUUGUCUUUAAAACGAGAUCUCUCACCCUACAUUUUGGAGGAGAUGUAUCUUGGCUUCACGGCAUCAACCGGUUCGGUUGGAGCAAUCCACUAUAUGUUGAAUUCGGUCUCUGGUCCUGAAGUCGACUAUCCAUCGUUUGAUAUUAGUGUAGUCCCCACCCUUCCUCUAUAUCCCAAGAAAGUGACUGAUAAAACUAGGAUUGUCCUGGCGGCCUGCUUAAUAUUGGCGAUGACCGUUGCGUUUGUAACCUCUUUGAUUGGGUUCUUCUUCUAUAUGAGGCAUAAGAAGGUCAGAGAGGUUCUUGAGGAAUGGGAGGUUCAGUAUGGACCUCACAGGUUUGCAUAUAAGGAGCUUUUCAAUGCCACAAAGGGUUUUAAGGAGAAACAAAUUCUUGGAAGUGGAGGUUUUGGUCAAGUUUAUAAAGGAACACUUCCGGGUUCUGAUGCAGAGAUUGCUGUGAAACGGACUUCUCAUGGUUCAAGCCAAGGAAAGAGCGAGUUUAUAGCCGAGAUCUCGACCAUUGGCCGUCUCAGACAUCCGAAUUUAGUCAGGCUUUUGGGAUAUUGUAGACAUAAGGAGGAUCUCUUCCUGGUUUAUGACUACAUGCCCAAUGGAAGCCUAGACAAGUAUAUAUACCGUAGCGACAAGAAUGAGAAUCAAGAACGUCUAUCUUGGGAUCAACGUUUCAAGAUCAUCAAAGAUGUUGCUUCUGCUCUACUGUAUCUGCAUCAAGAAUGGGUACAAGUCAUCAUUCAUAGAGAUAUUAAGCCGGCUAAUGUUUUGAUAGACCAAGAAAUGAAUGCAAGGCUUGGGGAUUUCGGAUUGGCGAAGCUGUAUGAUCAGGGAAUUGAUCCUCAGACGUCUAAAGUGGCGGGAACGUUCGGGUAUAUUGCACCUGAGUUUCUAAGAACAGGAAGAGCAACUACCAGCACUGAUGUUUAUGCCUUUGGGUUGGUUAUGCUUGAAGUAGUUUGCGGUAGAAGGCUGAUUGAGAGACGUGAAGCGAAGAACGAGGAAGUUCUUGUGGAUUGGAUCUUAGAGCUUUGGGAGGAAGGGAAACUUUUUGAUGCAGCUGAGGAAAGUAUCUGUCAGGAAACAAACAGGGGUGAGAUUGAGCUUGUUUUGAAGCUAGGUGUGUUGUGUUCGUAUCAGGCUGAAUCGGUUAGACCGGAUAUGAGUGCGGUUAUGCGGAUCUUGAAUGGCGUUUUGCAGCUUCCAGAUAAUCUUCUUGAUGUGGUAAGGGCUGAGAGAUUGAGAGGACAGCCUGAAAUAUCAAUGGGAAUGCUACUCGACAUGAAUUCAAUGAGUACGUUACCGUUCACAAAUUCUUUCAUCUCCCAUGGACGAUGA